AUGGCCUCUAUUCGCGUUCUUUCCUUCGAUGCUGAGGGCCGUCCCGUGCAGUUCACUUCCUGGCUCGACGACCUGCAGUUGUAUCUUAUGAGCAAUAGCACGGACCACAUCUCCCUCUAUGACUACGCGUCUGGUGCUGCCGCUGCUCCUGCUGCCACAGCCGAGCUUAGUGUACGUUCACAGUGGCAGACUCGUGACGCUGCAGCUCGCCUGGCUAUUCGCAGUCACCUGCCGUUCCCUGAGCUAGAGCACUUUGGCGACUGCAAAACCGCUAAAGCCCUAUACGACGCUGUCGUUGCUCGCUACUCCUCACCUGCCACAGCCGAGCUUAGCCGUCUCAUGCUGCCUUACCUGUUCCCUGACCUGUCCACCUUUGCUACAGUCGCCGAUCUUAUCACCCACCUUCGCACUAGUGAUGCUCGCCUGCGUGCCGCCCUUCCCACCGAGUUCUGCGCUAAGAACCCCCCUCCCCUGUACUGGGCACUCCACUUCAUAGUCACCCGUCUCCCUGACACCCUCAGCUCAGUGCGCGACUAUUUCCUUGCUCGCUGUCCCACUGAGCUCACUGUCGCCCUCCUAGAGGAGAAGCUGCUAGCAGCCGAGAAGAGCAUUGUAGCUGUAGGUGCUGCUCGUGGCGCUCCUCGCACCCCCAUCUUUGAGGGAUGCUCUCCCUCUCCCCUCGCUCCCUCCUAUGCUACUGCUGCUGCUGUUGACUUCCUUGGUGCUGAGACUGCUGGCGCUGCUUCUGCUCCUGGUGGGAGGCGCCGCACCGGCAAGGGCAAGGGGGGCAAGGGUGGCGGGGGUGGCGCUGGGGGGGGAGGGGGUGGGGGAGGUGGGGGGGGAGGCGGUGCUGGAGGGAGCGGUGGCGGGAGUGCCGGUGGGAGUGGGGCCGGCGGCGGAGGCGGGGGCGGCGGCGGGAGCAGUGGCGGUGGUGGCAGCGGCGGCAGUGGCGGCGGUGGCGGUAGUGGCGGUGGCGGUGGCGGUGGUGGCGGUCGGAGCGGAGGUAGUGGCGGCGGUGGAGGUCGGAGUGGAGGCACAGGCUCGGGCCAGAGCUCCCAGCAGCAGCAGCGUCCCCAGUCGACCCAGCAGCUUCGUGAGUGGCUUGCUCAGCGUGGGACGUCGGGGGGCAGUGGCCGCUGUUCCUAUGUCAUUCGCACAGGUGAUCGCAAGGGGCAGACGUGUGGAAAGUUCCACACUCAGUACCGCUGCUUCUUCCGCCUUGACGACGCUUGGCGUGAGGAGAUGGGCGAGGAUGUUGAGCGCCCUCGCUGGGCUGAGCUGAUGAGGGCUGGGGUUGAUAUCUUUGCUCUUGACUAUGAUGCUAUUAUUGCUGCCAUCCCGCUGCCCUAG